AUGGGUCUUGCUGCCGCCAAAAACAAGCGGAAACUCGGCAACGACCCCAACAAUACCAAAUGGUCGCGCAACACCGACUCGUUUGGCCACAAGAUCCUUAGGGCGCAGGGCUGGCAACCAGGUGACUACCUUGGCGCGAAGGAUGUCGCGCAUGCCGAGUGGCACACCGAGGCCAACUCGGCACACAUCAGAGUCGUGCUCAAGGACGACACCCUUGGCCUCGGAGCUAAGAGGAACAAUGGCGAUGAGUGCACAGGCCUGGACGCGUUUCAACACCUGUUGGGCCGCCUCAAUGGAAAGAGCGACGACACGCUCGAGACGGAACGAAAGGCGCGCGAAGAUCUGAAGCGCAGUCUUUAUGUCGAAAAGAAGUUUGGGACGAUUCGCUUCGUCAAGGGCGGGUGGCUGGUUGGCGACCAGGUCAAGGACUCUCCGGAUGAAGGAGCAGUCGACCCGCAGAACGAGUCUGACUCAGAGGCACCGAAAAGCGCUGCUGAAGUGGCUGAGGCAACAGAAAUCGCGCCAACAAAGCCCAACAAGGGGGAAGCUGACGAAGACGACGCUCGAAAAGACGACAAGAAGCGCACACAGGAAAAGAAGUCCAAAAAGAGGAAAGCAGAGUCGGAGGCCGAGGCGGAUGGUGAGAGCGCAAAAGAGAAGAAAGACAAGAAGUCCAAGAAACGAAGGGCAGAGGCUGAAGAGGGUGACGGUGAGGCAUCGUCCACGUCAAGACGCAGCAAGAAGAGGAAGGACGGGGUGAAAGUGAUAGAGGAGUUUGCGCAGAGCCCAAGCGCUGCAGUCUCGGAGGCCGGCGGAGUCCCUGACCAUUCUGAUUGUGCCGCUGAGACUGGAAAGGCGAAAAAGGAGAAGAAGGACAAAAAGAGAGACAAGACUGACAAGAAAGAGAGGAAGGAGAAGAAGCGAAGGAAAGAGAGUGCUCUGGAAACCGCUACUCCGACUUCCGCUGAAAGCAAUCUCACGACACCAGCAGGCAGCGGUUACUCCACCCCUGUCCCUGCCGGCUCGAGUAGAUACUUGGCAAGAUCGAGGUUCAUUGCCCAGAAAAAGAUGGCCUUUGCGGACAGCGCAGCGCUUAACCAGAUCUUCAUGAUCAAAUCAUAA